CCUGUAUUAUAUGUAAUGAAAUUUCAAACUUUAAAUGAGGCAAUUGAAAUAAACAACUCGGUGCCACAAGGUCUGAGCAGUUCUAUCUUCACACGCAAGCCUGAGAUUAUCUUCAAGUGGAUUGGACCUCAUGGCAGCGACUUUGGUUUUGUCAACGUGAACAUACCUACUAAUGGUGCCGAAGUUGGUGGAGCUUUUGGUGGUGAAAAGGCCACUGGAGGUGGUCGAGAAGCAGGGAGCGACUCAUGGAAGCAAUAUAUGCGGCGUUCAACCUGGAACAUAUGUGGGAUGGCCGACUAA